ACCAGCUCAGAUCACAUCACCUAUUUCUACGUUCUGUUUUUACAGUAUUUCUAUGCUUUUUAUUUUCCCUAAAUUCCAGGGCUUUAUUCUUGUCCCUCUCUUCUUUUUCUCUACCAUCUCUCUCUUAUAGCCCAUUCUUUUGUUGGAUAGAUUACUCUCAUUAACCAUUUUAGGAAGAAUUUAUUACAUUGAUAUUAAAAGAUCUGUUUUUUCUGGGGUUUUUUUUUUCCUUUUUAUUCUUUUCCUUUCUUCUCUUUUUUCCCAUUUUCUUUACCCUUUGUUUAUUUUUUCGUGGGUCUUAUCUCUGUACCUGAAUAUUCAACCUUUUUUUGUUUUCUGUUCACAAUUCAUACAUAAUUUGUUGUCUUCAAUAGACAAGCUCAGUCGUUCGAGAGAUUUGAGCUCAAUUCAAGCUUUCCGUUGUUGCAGAAGGGAUCUUUCAUGGCUUCCCAAAAUCCUCUCCUCACCUAAUCUUAAGCAUCGAGGUCCUCAAAAUGGACCAUUUCACGGUUUCAGACUAGUGGGAUAUUUUUCUUAUUUGACAAGGUCCUUCCUUUUAUAAUCAAAAGACAAUCUUGUAUCAAAACCUUAGCCCCUUUGUGUCCAUCUUUUUCUUGAUCUGACACAAGAAAAAAAAAAUGUACGGGACCAAGAGUAAAAUAGACCUUGCCUUCGAAUACCAAUCUCAAGCAGCAAUUUUGAGGCCCAGCAUCCAUUCCAGAAGAGCAAAUCUGACUGUGAAAUUCCAAGACCUUUAUGGGUUCACGGUGGAAGGGAAUGUGGAUGAUGCGAAUGUGUUGAAUGAGGUUAGGGAGAAGGUGAGGCAACAGGGUCGAGUUUGGUGGGCAUUGGAGGCCAGCAAAGGUGCAAAUUGGUAUUUGCACACUACCAUAGGGGAAGGCAGUGCCCUUAAAUCUUCCUUGAAAUUCUCAGCGCUGGCUAAUGCUAUCACUUUGAAGAAGUUAAUCAGGAAGGGGAUACCCCCAGUUCUUAGGCCUAAGGUUUGGUUUUCAUUGUCAGGGGCAGCCAAGAAAAAGUCCACGGUGCCUGAGAGUUAUUAUGAUGAUUUGACAAAAGCAGUGGAAGGGAAGGUCACCUCUGCUACCCGACAGAUAGAUCAUGACCUACCACGAACUUUCCCUGGUCAUCCGUGGUUGGACACUCCUGAGGGGCAUGCUGCUCUUAGGCGUGUUCUUGUUGCUUAUUCUUUCCGUGAUUCUGAUGUUGGGUAUUGUCAGGGAUUAAAUUACGUUGCAGCAUUGUUGUUGCUUGUCAUGAAGACGGAAGAAGAAGCAUUUUGGAUGCUUGCUGUUCUGUUGGAAAAUGUCCUGGUUAGUGACUGUUACACAAACAACCUAUCAGGAUGCCAUGUUGAACAAAGAGUGUUUAAAGAUUUAAUUGCUAAAAAGUGCCCAAGAAUUGCGACUCAUUUGGAAGCCUUGGAAUUUGAUGUUUCCCUUGUUACCACUGAGUGGUUCCUUUGCCUCUUUUCAAAGAGCCUUCCUUCCGAGACAACUCUGAGAGUUUGGGAUGUUAUUUUCUAUGAGGGGGCUAAGGUUAUAUUUAACGUGGCCUUGGCAAUCUUUAAGAUGAAGGAAGAUCAGUUACUUCUAACCCAUCAUGUUGGUGAAGUAAUCAAUGUUCUGCAGAUGACCACUCAUCACCUAUUUGAUCCAGAUGAUUUGUUGACAGUGGCAUUUGAUAAGAUAGGUUCUAUGACAACCAAUACCAUAUCAAAGCAAAGGAAGAAACAGGAACCUGAAGUCAUGAAGGAGCUUGAUCAGAGGAUCAGACGGCUAAAUUCCCUUAAAAUGGAUGGCAAUUAGCAUUUGCUUUGUCUAAAUUUUUGAUUUUUGAUUUUUUUUUUCUUUUGGGGUGCAUUGAUUUGCUAAUUUAAUCUGAAAUGUUGAACCGUCCUAGUACGGUAGUUUGCUGCCACUAGCAGAAUGCAGAAUUUAUGCUUCUCGGGGCAUGACAUGAACCCGGUUGUUGUUUGUAGGUGAUCGGUGUAAAUUUGAAUAUGGACAUAUCUAAACUAUUAAUUAAUGUUACA